GAGCUGCUGACAGCCACCUGACUGGACAUACUGCAAGUCAUAAGUGUAGUUAGCUAUAUAAGCCUAUCUGUCACAGCUCUGUUUCACCAACAGGUGGUUAUACUUUAAACUUGACCGCACACACAUCGACAUUGAGGCAGGAUGAAGCUGCUGCUGAUUGCCGCUGUUGCUGCUCUGGCUGUGGCCAGCUGUGCCAGCAUUUCUCUGGAAGAGUUGGAGUUCCAUGCCUGGAAAAUCAAGUAUGCAAGGAGCUAUAACUCUCCAUCAGAGGAGGCUCACCGCAGGGAAAUCUGGCUCAACAAUCGCAAACUGGUGCUGGUGCACAACAUGCUGGCCGACGAGGGCAUCAAGUCUUAUCACCUUGGCAUGACCUACUUUGCUGACAUGGAAAAUGAGGAGUACAAACGCCUGAUAUCUCAAGGCUGCCUGCGCUCCUUCAAUGCUUCCCUGCCUCGCCACGGCUCUACUUUCUUCCGGCUGCCUGAAGGCACAGACCUGCCCAGCAGUGUUGACUGGAGGGACAAGGGAUACGUCACCGAUGUCAAGGAUCAGAAGCAGUGUGGUUCCUGCUGGGCUUUCAGUGCAACUGGCUCACUGGAGGGUCAGCACUUCAGGAAGACUGGGAAGUUGGUGUCUCUGAGCGAGCAGCAGCUGGUUGACUGCUCUGGUGACUAUGGCAACAUGGGCUGUAUGGGUGGCCUGAUGGACCAAGCCUUCCAGUACAUCCAGGCAAACGGAGGGAUAGACACAGAGGACUCCUACCCUUAUGAGGCUGAGGAUGGUCAGUGCCGUUACAAGCCUGACAGUGUUGGUGCCACAUGCACAGGCUACACUGAUGUGAAACAAUUUGAUGAAGAUGCCCUGAAGGAGGCUGUGGCCACCAUCGGACCUGUGUCUAUCGGCAUCGAUGCCUCUCAAAUGUCCUUCCAGCUCUAUCACUCAGGAGUGUAUGACGAGCCGGAGUGCAGCAGCACAGAGUUGGACCACGGUGUACUGGCUGUAGGCUACGGCAGUGACAACGGAAAGGACUACUGGCUAGUCAAGAACAGCUGGGGUCUAGGAUGGGGAGAUAAAGGAUACAUCAUGAUGAGCAGGAACAAACACAACCAGUGUGGCGUUGCUACUGCAGCCAGCUACCCUCUGGUCUGAGCUGAACCAGGACUUUCCUCUGUGAGGAGGAGAACAGUGACACAUAAUUUACUUUAAUUUAAUAGAUUUCAAGAAACUGAGUCAUGGAACAAAAUGCCCUUUUGUUGUUCCUUGGAAGUUAAUAGGCUACAGAGACUGAGUUUGUACCCUUGCACACUUUUAAUAGAAUCACUUUACACUUUUUAAAAUAAAGAUUGUAAAUAAUUGUGAAAGAAUAAAACGUUUACAUUC